AUGGUCCUUGGGCCGGUGAAGCUCAGAUUCGAUUUACCAGAAUCAUACCCAGACUCCAAAGCAGCUAAACUUCAGAACCACGUCGGCAGCGAGGCAUUUUCGGAUGAUAUUGUGGGCGGGGGGGAGGAGGGCUCUUCCACUCGGAGGGCGGGGGGCGCUGGCCCGACAGGCCUGAGUGCGAAACAGGGCGUGAUCUCGCCGGGCGAGCGUCCCGGCAUUACCGCACACUGGCGCAAUAUUUCGAUUUCCAGCGUCGCAGCUUCCUGCGAUGGCCUUAUUGCUGUCUUCCUCACCUUCAAGGACCUCCUCACUCUCAUGCCCAUCGACAUCCUCCUCGGCCUGCAAGUCCACUGCAAGGACUGUGCUCUGGUCACCAGCUCCGGGCAACUCAUUGGGAGCCGGCGCGGAGCUGAGAUCGACCGCGCAGAGUGCGUCAUCAGGAUGAACGACGCACCGACCUGGGGCUACCAGGAGGACGUGGGCCGGCGGACAAGCCUCCGGGUGGUCGCUCACUCCAGCAUCCAGCGGCUGCUGCAAAAGGGCAGCGAGCUCCUCAACGCCAGCCAGGACCCGGCCUUCAUCUUCUGGGGCCCCAGCAGCUGCAUGAGGAAGGACGGCAAGGGGCGGCUCUACAACCACCUGCAGCUCAUCCAUCGCAUUCAGCCCAAGCUGAGGCUCCACACCAUCACGCGGCAGAAGAUGCUGCACUUCGAUGAGCUCUUCAAGAGAGAGACCGGGAAGGACAGGAAAACCUCCAAUUCGUGGUUGAGUACUGGCUGGUUCACUAUGAUCAUCGCCCUUGAACUUUGCGACAGAAUUGACGUCUAUGGCAUGGUCCCACCUAACCGCUGCAGGGACCCCGCCCGCCGCUCGGUGCCCUAUCAUUACUAUGAGCCUAUGGGAAUCGACGAAUGCACGAUGUACAUCUCGCAUGAGCUCGGACGCAAGGGGAGCCACCAUCGGUUCAUCACGGAGAAGCACGUGUUUGCCAGGUGGGCGAGGAAAUACAGCAUCCGCUUCCACCAGCCGGAAUGGGAACCAGAGUCAGUGGCUUCCAAUCACACGGAAAGCGAGGCGAGGCGGAGAUGAGGGGGCCGGAGCACGUGGCACACGGGACCAAUCAGCAGGGCCGCCAAGCUUGAGGGGCUGUUGCUUUUCCUCGAAAUCGACAUCCCGCGGGUGAAAAAGAACAACCUUGCAUUUAUCUAGCGUCGUUGGCGACCCCACGACCAGUGCAGUGCUUUGGAAGUGUGGUUGCUGCUGUAACGUAGGAAGGAAUGACUCAGGAGAUUCCACAAAGGCUGCUUCUGCCCUUCCGAUAGCACGUGCAUCCUAGUAUAUGGAGCAAAGGGAUCCUUUCAGAUCCAAGCCGUCCACGUUUUCUUUUGGGGAAGAGAGAGGAAACGGCACUGGUCUCAUUAAUUCUGCCGUCUCCGCAACCUUAGCAGUGUUUUUUUAAUAUUUGUGAUGGCCCCUUCCCAAUCGAUGACCUGUAAUAUUAUUUGCAUUGGAGACAAUUUAUUAUCCCAUUGAGUUCCAACGUGUCACGUCUGAACUUUUGCUGACAUUUUAACCAAAUACCACAGGCAGCUCGGAGUUGAAGCAACUAAUUAAUCUCCCUGUGUACCGAGGACUCCUUGUGAGGAAGUACUGGCAGAAGAAUAAAAGUGCACGGGGAGGAAUUUAGCUCAGACAUCUACUAU